AACACGUGCUAUUUAGCUACACAUUGAAUGCAAAUUUAAUAGUCAAUAUGUUACAUUGAUAUGUGGCAUGGGUGUGGCCAUAAUGGCUUGAUGCGGUUAAUCAAACCGAUAUUAUCUGUGAGAGUAGUCACCUUCUUGAUAAGGUCAAGGAUUCGUUACUACAGUACGGGUAAUACAUUAAACCAUGUUACCGGUGCUUAUCUAGAGAAUAUAUAUGAUUACAAUGCUAAAUCGUAUCUACGGCUACUUACGAAGGGUGUAUUUGAUAAUGAUCAUGAUAUAAAGGUACUUUUAUGUGACUUCCAAAGAUACCUUACGGCAUUUAACCCUGAGGAGCUGAUACAGCUUUUAGAAUUGUUGGUUACACGUGACAUACGGGAGAAUGAUCAAGGUAUCGACAUUAUACUGAUACUACUUGCUGAAAUGAAUCGCCGUCUUCUUGCAGAGAAUGACCGACUUUUUUCUUUGAAACAAAUAUAUCGGCUAUCUAGGUUGUUAAAAACUACAAAGUUCAAUAGGUCAACAUGUUUGUUAAGUCCUGAAGAUCGGGUAAAUGUAAGGGUGCUACAUGAUGACGUUGCAUUUGGUUUCAGUAUUAACGCCAAAAAUACAAAUACGUCUUCUCUUGAAUCGGUCAACGAAACGCAAUCAAGCAGUAUAGAUACUCAUUCUAAAAACUUGGAAUCGAAUAUAUCUAGAACAGAAUUAAAAGAUCAUACACUGGGAUCCAUAAGGCCUGACGUCCCCUUUAAUGAAGCGUAUGAUAAACACAAAAUCGACAUCAUGCGUCGUGGGACAUCGCCACGGCAUGAUGAUGGCUCUGUAUCCAACGAAUUGGGCCAGUAUAAGUCACCCAAAGAGGACAACUACCAUUCUUCUAGCAGUUCCAGUGUUAUUUACCAGCCCGAGGCCUUAGGUAGCAUUUCUGAUUACCGUUCCUGUGUUGUAGUUCCUGUAUGUGAAAUUAAUACAGGCAUAACUAAUACCUAUAAGGCAUGCCAAAAUUGUGUUACCAGAUAUGGUCAAUUACUAGAUUUACAUGGGUACGACCAGAUGGCGCUGUUUAUAGUUCUGCUUGGGAGGUCUAUCAUUAAACAGAUAUCGCACAUCAAGAGAAGGCAUGAGAAUGCUGUUAUUCCUUAUCUUCUACUAUCGUCACACUACAAGACUGCGAUUAACUCCCAUAUCAUAGGUUCUAUAUUGUCACAGCAACAAGUGGCACUAGCGCGAACGAAGUCACUACGUAACAUUGGAAUAGUGUUGGACGUCAUAAGAAAAUGUAAGGUUAGGGCUUCAAGGCUAAGGUCAGCACUUGUGUCGAGGUUAGCAAAUCAACGACAUUUCAAUGAACUGUGCUCCAGGGAAGGCAACAAGACCACACUUAUUCUCUCAUUCAGUCAUAUAAUCAUGGGAACGGUUAAGUUGAAUAAAGCUCCCAAAUCUACAGAAACCAUGCCAGUGUUCUAUAAUAUACUAAAGUAUCUCCUAGAACACCCUGAGCUCCAUGAUGAGGACCAUAUAGACCCCGAUGUACUACAAGGGUCACUCAACAAUGUCAGGCUCCUAGUCACUUACAUUGGAUACGAUCACUUAAAGCAGUGGUUUAGAUCUACUGAAAUCAGUGCCAUUGAAUCCUUACUUGCGAAGGCGCGUCUGGAUUAUUGCAAAGAUUUCCGUACAAGUGACUUGCAUAAGCAGGUUGCCGAUGUACUAUCUACUUUAGGCAUCGAAUGCGAUCAAGAGGUUACCAUAGGAUCACACAUAUGUGACUUGGUACUGAAAAAGCGCCGCAUUGUCAUAGAAAUUGAUGGACCGUAUCACUUCAAUACCACACUGAACUCCAGCUUGAACUCAAUUUUAAAUCGACAUGUAGAUGACUACAGACUGACAUAUACAUACAACUCGAGGAUUAAAAUGUAUAUGUUACGUCAGGGAGGCUAUAAAGUUAUACAUAUACCAUAUUUCAUGUGGCCCUCCGGAAAGCAAGAACAGAUGGUUUACGCUAAAAGGUGUAUAUCGCGUUUGAAUCCUACUUGCGUUUCCUGAAUGACUGCAUAUAGCGUUCAA